AUGUUCCGUCCAUGGAACGGCGGCGCUGGCAGAACAAAAGCGUCUGGGCACCAGCAACAUACCGGGUCCAAGCCCAUGGAAAGGCCUGGAGGACAGCCGCAACAACAGCGAGCCAGCGGCAUCCCUCCCGUGGGUGCACCUGCCCCAGCCGCUGCGCCACCUAAAGACCCCUUCCGUACGAAGCGUCAACUGCCACGGACGCCUCUGUCCUCGAAGACGGGCAAUAGGUUGCCCGGUUCUCGAGCACGCGCAUCCCCCUCGGUCACCAAAAUCCCCCGCCCGUCGCCCUUCGCGCGCUCGGGGUCUCCGGCGCGUUCGCCGCCUGCUGCUGGCGUGAGCACUCCCACUGGUAGUGGCUCUUCGGGUGCCGCUGCUGUAGCGGGACAAGGUGCUGGUGCUGUUGGCGAGAUCGUCACCACCCCCGCGGCCGACACCAAGCGAAUAGAGGAGGAGAUACUCGCCGCUUUCGCGAGGACGCCCAAGGUAGCAAGGACGCCGCCGAAGGGCUCCGCUCCUCAAGGAGGUCAGGAAGCAGCUGGUGGUGCACGUCCAGUGCCAAGACUCUCGGCAAAGCUGCCGGAACCGGCAGCUUUUGGAGGCCAGCCAGGAGGAGUCGGCCAGCAGCAUCUCAACGGCAGCAGAAUCCCGCCGCAGGCGGAGGCGGAGGCGGGUCGGGUGCCUGACGAGGACCCUUCCAGGAGACCCGUAGCAGUAGAGCCCGCCUUCGAAUCGGUCUUCGGAGGGAGAGCGAAGGUUGCAAGGAAUCCUCCACGAACGGUCGACGCAGCCUUAUCGACGAACAAGGAAGGCGCGGCCGAGGCCGGACAGCAGGCGGCAGCCAACCCGGAGGGAGGCUACUCCGGCUUGCACGGCGGCUGCGGUAGCAACGGCGGGCAAGAGGAGAAGGAGGGCGAGAGCACGUCGGGCUUGAACGACGCGAAGGAGAGCCAACGGCAGCAGCAGCGGUCAGGCUUUGGCGUCCCUUCAGUGACGGCGGCGGCGCACGCUCCCUUGCCGGCAGCCCCAGAACGGGCAGGAGUGCGGGAUGCUGCCGCCGGUGGCUCCCCCUGCCGGCUCGCUUCGCCAUCGGUGAGCACCGACAGCAGCUUCACCAACGCGGCCAACGUCAGGAGCCUGGCGGGUAGCUCUUCGAAGGCGCCCGAUGUUGUCGGCCGGAGCGGGUUCUGCGGAGCGCUUACCCCCGCGGCCUUCAAAGGGCUCACCUCGGCGAUGAGGACGCCCUCCACGGGAAUGGAACGCCGUGGUGCCCCCGCCAAUGAGGUGCCCCAAAUGAAGUCACUCGAUGCUGCCGUAGCCCCAACUGCACACCACAAGCCUGCUCCCCGAGGGCCGUCAGCCGCGAGAGCUAUGAACCGGGCAGCUCCUCCCAGGCCCCGCUAUGCUUCGUCUGUUGCCGAGGCUAAAGCGGCUGCGGAAGCCGCUGCGGUGGCUACGGCGGCGAGGCGGGCCAAAGCGGCCGCCGCUACUGCUACCGCUGCUGCUGCCGCCGCUGAAGCUGGACCCACGGCCAGGGAUACAGAGCCGAUUACAUCCUCCGGAGGUCCUUUUGCCGCCGCCGCUGAAGCCGGCCCCACCGUCAGCAGUACGGAGCCGAUCACAUCCUCCGCAGACACUUCUGGCCCCCCUGCGAGCCUAAGCGCACCGCCACCAUCCGAAGCAGUUCCUGCUGCAGAGCGUGGAGAGACUCUCGGAGGUGCCGGCGGAAUGACGUUGGGUGAGGCUGACCCGGGUCCGGUGUCUUCGCACACGGUGCCGACGGCACAAGAAGGUGCGCCGGCGGGCCCUGGGGAGUCUGGCAACGGAAGGAACGAUGCGGAGCUGGACGUCGAUCCUUUCGUCCGCUCGCAGAAAAUCGCCCGCACCCCUACUCGUGGUCCGGCAGUCGGCGCGGUCCCCCGUGGCGUUGCCCCCGCCACAGACGUCGCCGAGAAGGCGGUUGUCGAUGAGACAGCGGCUUCCGGGGUUACCGCUACCCAUGGUGUCGUCGUCGGCGACACCCAGGACGGGGAUUCUGAUGCUGUCCCUGGCACGGAGCGUCGAACGGAGGAGGCUACGCCGGAGGUCGGGGUGGAAGGGGAGGGGUCGCCGGAGGCGCCGGCGGGGGACCCUUUCGCGAGCAGGAGCAAUAUUCCUAGGACUCCGACCGAUCAGGUUGCGCCGCCCCGGGAGUCCUUGGCCCAGGAGCGGGGGGAGAGGGGGGACGCGGGGCCGAUGGGGGAAGAGGAAGCGCGGCUGCGGAUCGGGGAGUUGCACCAAGAGCUGGCGUGCAUGGCGGACAGGCUCACGAAGCAGGCCGAGGAACGGAACAGGCUAGCGGACGUCGCCUUUGAGGCCCAGGACGAGGUCAUCAAACUCCGACAGCAGCUGGAAGAAUUCCAGCAGCGGGAGAGGCAAAACGGCGGCGACGGUGCCCCAAGCGACGCGACGAGCGGCAGCAACGGCGAGGGCGGUGGGCCCUCGUGGGAGGGUGUUACGGCGGGGCGCGGGGAAGAUGAGACGGACGCGCGCGUGCUGCAGCUGGAGAUCGAGAAGCUGGAGACCGAGCAGAGCAAGGUAGAGGCCGAGAGGAAGGCCAAGCGUGCGGCGGAGGAGGCGAAGCGGGCGAAGGCUGCCCUCGACGAAGCAAGAGCUAAGGUGCGCGAGCUGACCCUUUCUGCGGAGGCUCAGCGUGAAAAGAUGCUUGAGGAGAAACUCAGGAGGGACCGCGAACGGUGCAAGCAAGACGAGAGAGCCAUCGAAGAACACCAGAUCAAGGUGAAGCUGUUUAUCGCCAACAAGCGUGCCGAGAUCCUUCGGGCACAAGCCUCCGAGGAAGAGAGGCUUCGGGCGGAGCAGGUCGUGCGCUCUGCGGCAGUCGCCGUGGCCGGUAGGGCGUUUGAGGUGGUGCGGGAGCUCGUGGCACGGAACGCCAGGAUGUCAAGGCGGGUCGCUGGUUGGCGGGCCAUCGUGGAGAAGCGCCAGCGGCACGUCUCGGAGCUGAAGGAAAGGUCAGCCCUGCUGGAAGCCAGCGGAAGAUCUGCUCAGGACGAGGCCGAGGCGGUGCGGGAGCAGCUCGCUAGGGCGAUGGAGGACCUUGAGGCCGCAAAGGAGUCUAGCGGGGAACUCGAGGCACGUCUUGGCUCUCUCGAGAAGGAGUGUCAAGAAGCGCACACCGCGCAGGAGCGCCUGAGGAAGUGGGUUGAAAAGGCGGGAGAGAGACGUCUGAGCGAGGUUAAGCACGACGGGGAGAAUGUCAUCGGCAUCGAGCGCGCCAGGCGGCAGUCGACGGAGCGGAGGCUGGGCCUGGCGGAGCGCUCGAGGGACGAGCUCGCGGUCGCCGCUGCGUCUGCCGCAGGCUCCGCCCUCCGGCAGGUGGCCGAGACCGAGAAGAGCCGGCGGUUGUCGGUGGAGAGGAGGCUCGAGUACGCCGAGCGUGCGAGGACGGAGCUCUCGGCGACGGUGGCAGAGUCUGCGGCGGCUGCCGCCGCCGCCGCUGCCGCCGCCGCGUCGGCCUCCACCGCUGCUUCUGAGACGGCUGCCUUGCAGCAGCAGCAGAAGCAGAAGCAGCAGCAGGAGGAGCAACGGCGGCAGGAGCAGGAGCAACAGCGGCAGGAGCAGGAGCAACAGCGGCAGCAGCAGGAGCAGGAGCAACGGCAGAAGCAGCAGCAGAAGCAAAAGCAGCAACAGCAGCAGGCCGGUACUUCGACAGGCGUGUCGAUUACGGCGGCAACGCCGGCCCUAGAAAGCGCGCCUUUGGCCGCUGCAACCUCCCUUUCGCCUGUGGCAGAAGCGGUGCCUGCGGCGGCGGCGGCGGCGGCUUCGCCGGCCCCCAAAAAGAAGCCUGCGGCGAAGAAGAGCAGGAAAGCGGUGGGAUCAGAGGCGACUGGCGGUGCUGUCACCGACAAGAAGAGCAAGGGUGUAGCCACCUUGGACGACGGCAAGGCGAACGUUGCGCCACCACCGCCGAAGCCGCGCAAGAAGGCGACUAAACGGGCGCGUACAGUCGAAGAGGAAGAGCACCGACAGGACGAGAGUCUGCCUGCGAAGGUGGUCCAACGCCGCAAAACCGCACCUGCCAAGCCUGCCGUUGCCGCCCCCGACGGCAACAGGCUGGCCACCACCGGCAAGAGCCCUUCGUCUACCGACAGCGUUCCUGCCGUGGCCCCGUCGGGUACUGUCCAUGCCGCCUCCGGCACCAUCACGCGCGGUGGCAGGUCGCGCAAGGAAGUCAACUACGCGGAGUCGAGCGUUAAUCUUAGCCUGGACAGCUCGGACGAGGACGUGACAGCGGCGCGGUCGUCGAGACCGCGGCCGGGGAAGCGGAACACCGCCGCCGCCCGGUCUCACCGGUCGGUUACCGCUGACUUAUCCGAUGAGGAGGAUGACGCGGAGCCGGCAGCGCCCGCCGCUCCAGGUCGCAAGAAGCCGCGCUCAGGCGGCGGCGGCGGAUACGAAGCCGGCGUCCUCAGCACUGCCGCUGCCCUAGAGGCAAGCACGACCGCGGGAGCCGCAAGCGGGGCCUCGACGAAGAGAAAGGCAAGCGCUAAGGGGAAAGGGAAGGAGGAGAGUUCGCCGUCUAUGGCGGCGGCAGCCGGUGGCCGUGGUGCGGGUGCCGCCGCCGCCGGCCCUCUUGGAGGCGAGUUGGAGAGCGAUAGCCGGGAGGACAGCGGUAGCGCUUCAUCAUCGGCGCCGCACGCGCCGGAGAAGCAGCAGCAGCAGCAGAAGAAGAAAAAACAACGCUCCACGAUCGGCAAGCGUCGCAAGGCUGGCGGCGAGGAGGACGCUGCUGCGGGUGGAGGGGGGGGUGACGGCUCUGCAAGGGAUGAUGCGGUGGAGUCCACGGAAGGUCAGGUUUCCAUUCCGGCCAAGACGAGGCGGGACGGGGGGGGCAAGAGUACGGGCCGAGCGUCGACGGCCGUGCAAGAGCCCGACAAGGUGUGUGGGAUAAGCAGUGAGGAUGCGGAGGAGGUUGAGGCCCCCUCCGCUCCGAAACCGUCGACAAAGGGGAAAGGAGAAGACCUCCUUACAACGAACCUCAGCCCAAUCGCGCCUCCCCCGAAGCGACCCCGCAAGCUGCUUGGCGGGGGUACCAGCCGCUGUAAGACCCCCCAGCCAAAGAAGAACUCCAAAGCUUCGAGGACUGACGAGAUGGAGGAAGAGGAGGAGAAGGCGGAAGAGGGUGAUGAUUCCACGGCGUCCCCCGUGCCUCCUCCGCCGCCGGCGAGAGGUGUUGGGCCAAAGUCUGGAGGGGGGGUCGGGCCGAAGUCUGGUUCGGCGAAUGUCGCGGCUGCUAAGGGGACGGUAGUGGGCGGGGUUUCUGCAGGGGUGCGGCCGUCGCCGUCAGUAGGCGGCGGCGGCGGCAGCAGCCACGCCGCCGCAGUUAAACCAGCGUUCAAGCCUGUUAAGCUGUCGACGACCUCCAUCCUUGCCAUGAGGGGUAAGUCCACGUCGAAGACGGCAUUGUUCAAGGGCUUCCUGGACCCCAAGAAAGGCUUCAAGGUCCCCAAGCUGAAGGUUGGGGCGAAGCGAGGCUAGCGGGAGAGAGAGGUGUCUCACUCCGAUCUUCUUCCAUGGCUGCCUAUCAGUGGGUGGGACAACUAACGCCUCUGUCCGGCGUGUGGAAAGAGUCUACGGCAGGCACACAGGGGGUAGUAAUGUGGUGGGUCUCUUGUGAUGCUCACAUGGACUACCCUGAGCAGGAUCGUCAUGCAAACACGGGGGGCUUCCACCAAGCCCGUGGCAAUGAUGAGCGUACAGCCGUGUACCACCCCGUAUUUAGAUGUUGCGGUAGGUCGGCUGUGUCAUGGCGGGGACAUGUAUUUGCCCGUCUACGGCGGUGUACCAUGAGUAGCGUGGAGUGGGAAAUGAUUUGGCCUCAUCGACGAGUCCGUUGGGUCGACAACACGGACAGAGGUUUCCUGGAUACCUUUCAUGGUACGCCGGUACGUCCUAUUUCUUGAGUCCGUGUGUGGCGGCUAACUAAGCCUAGAGGCCGUAUUUCGAGACCUUUCCAACUAAUGGGAGAAAGGGUAUUUGGGUAUUUGGGUAUUUUCCAACUGGUGUUUUUUCACGUCCGCGAGUUCAAGGAGGCGGCGCAAGGCUACAUUUUUUCUCCAGACAUGUGCGCUACCUGCUGUAUAAAAACACCGCGCCAUGUACCGGAAACAAUCGAGGGAGGUAAAAUAAACAAGUAGGGUGAAAUUUAUUCGACUUGAAUGGACGGAGGCUAAAUAAGGAGAGGGCGUAGGAAUAAGAUAGUCGGAGCGCCUCUCGAGUACGGAGGGUGGGUGGGCAAAGAAUGUAUCGGAGAGCGUUUGAAGCUUGCAGUUGGUGAGGAAUACAGGAACCAACUACACGCGGUGCCUCUUGUUGGCUGCACUUUGAUCCAAGCGAAGCAUGGGCAUGUAGCUCCGCCUUCAUAGUAAAGUUCACGUCCGCGCUUCAGAACCUCUAGUUUCGGCCAGGAUGAGGUUCUUGGCAGUGCCUAGGGUUAUGCUACAAAUGGCCGCGGUGUGGGUUUUUGUAUAAGGGUUCUUAGCCGAGCUCACCAAUGGUGCUCAAGUUCUUAGAUUCCGAGCUUUUUUAGGCUACACAAAAUCAAUUUCUUAAGUGCCAAGUUCUGAAGCGCGAGCAAAAAUCGUAGCCUUGUUGGCAAAUUGGUUCGUUUUCCAGGAAAGCCCUGUUUGUUUGUGUCUUCCAUGUACCGACGUGUAAGCGACCAACGGUAUACACACACACACACACGCCUGGCUCGAGUGUCGUUUGUUUAUGCACGGAGGGGGGUAAGGUGAUUGGUUGAGCGAGUAUUUCGCGGUAACGCAUCUGUGGUAUGAUUGAUUGUCUAGAGUUUUUUGGCUUCCUACUGUAGCUUUGGAUGACCGGGUACGCGGAACUCUUGUCUUCAAACUGCAUGAGGGUGGAAUAG